GCCUUCCGGGCCCUGUGCUUGCUUCCAGAGACUAUAGUAGGUCACUAAUCGAUAAGGAUUCUGAAAUAGGGAACUUAGAAAAGAAAGAAAACAAUGAGGAAUACAACCGCUAGAGUAAUCCUGCGGCAUGCCCUCGCCCGUCCCGAGCCAGGAAGAGCUUACGAUGUAAUAACUCGACAAGCCAGCCUCGCCAGUGCGAAACAGGCGCAAUGUCUUCCUAUACGAAGUUUCAGUCUUACUGCCUCUUCUCAACUCACCCCAUACAAUAACAAACAAAACCAACGAUCCUUCCACACAACGAAGAACUCACCCGCCAAGGCAAAAAACUCCAAACCUCCUAAAAACCAAAAGAACCAGAAGCCGGAACCCGCACCAACAAACCGCGCCGAAAACGACAACGAAGAUGGCGAAGGAUCGAAACACCCGCGCGCAAACCCCGAGGAACCCCUCGACUUCUCAGACGUGCACUCGCGAAUAAAGCAGCACGACGAGCGGUUCCGAGACACUCUCAAGAAGAUGCGCACAGGCGGACGAUUCAACCCCGAUCUAAUGGGCAAUCUACGCGUAACGCCCAACCGCAAAGAACCCGAUAUCACAUAUCCCUUACGCGAAGUAGCGCAAGUGAUCCACCGAGGCGGACGUACAAUUUCAAUCCUCGUAAACGAGGAGGCGUAUAUCAAACCCAUCAUGAGCGCCGUGCAGGGAAGCGAGGAGUUCAACCAACAGCCGCAGCGGGAUCCUGAUAACGAGCUCGAACUUAUUAUCAAGAUCGAGCCGGAGAAGCCGGAUGGUUUGAUUCGAAGGAUCAAGGCGGCUUGUCUGGAUUGGAGGGAUAGGGUUAGGAGUAUACGGCAUAAGAGGGACAAGCAGGUUACGGCGUGGAGAAAGGAUGGGGCUAUUGGUCCCGAUAUGAAGAGGACUGUUGAGAAAGAGCUUGAGAAGAUUAUUAAAGCCAAGAUGACUGAGAUUGAUGAGGCAGAGAAGCAGGCGCUCAAGGCUGUUGAGGUUAAGUGAAGUACGAUAUAGUAUGGACGAACUUCGACAUAAAAUCGUGACCAGUGGAGCAUUACAUAAAAAAUAGUUGCAAAGUAGUUGAUAUUUUCGGUCAUAUAAAGUCAACAGAGAUGUGCAUACCCAUGUGUAUAUAUAGAUGUACAC